AUCUCAUAAAUCUGUCUUCUCCCGAAAAGCCCAAUUUGUCGAUGAGUUCACCGAUCGACUGCUUCGAGCGGUUACCCGACUCGCUUGUGCUCCGGAUCUUCGACACUAUCGGCGAUGCCAAAGCUUUGGGUAUUUGCUGUGUGGUUUGUACAAGAUUCCGUUCCCUAGUUCCUGAGGCUGGUUUCUUCGUUUGGCAGAGGGAACUGCCCCGGAAAUACCUGGAUCAUGAGGAUCUCUGGAACGAUGACGAUUUUUUGCCCGACCCCUUCUUCAAGGAGUAUCGUGAUGAAUUUCGCAAAAUUUAUUCUAGAUACUUCCGUCAGAUUAUCCAAAGCCAUGGUUUUGACAUUGACGUCUAUCCCGGUAAUGCCAAGGCAGCUUUUUAUGUACCAUAUCUGGAUUUUGAGAGGGAGGUUGACAUGCUGAUGGAAUUGGCUACUUAUGCUAUCGAGGAAUUUAACAAAACCAGUGUUUACAAGUACAAGGUUAUAAAGAUUGAAACAGUGAACUUUAUGUUGAGUAGAUAUCGUGAAUUUUUCAUGACCGUAAAAGUUGAAAAUCUCACUCUUCGUACACCUUGGGCAACUUUCCGAAUCCGUGCUCGUAAAGGAUUUCAUGGAGAAAAGAUUGUCAGUUUUUGCAGGCCAAAAGUAUAGUUAAUGCCUUAGACGAGGAAGUUGGAAAGGUAGCACUGGAGGCAAGAGGCACUUGAAGAGUAUAUUCAACUGAAAUUGAAGUGGUUGACUUUGAUUUGACCUCUUUUUAGUUGGAUAAUGGAAUUAACUUUAGGAAUGAACAAGCCAUCUUGGAUUGUUAAAGAAUUAUCUUCCUUUACUUUGUUAAGUUAUUUUUGUAAUUCAUCAAGAUAGUCAAUUUAAUAUAGCUAACUUUUCUAUAUGCAUAGGCCAAUUCUCAUCUUUUCUAGUUAAGAGUUGAUUUCAAAUAACUAAAUAGUGACUGUAAGAUAUAUUAUCAGAAAUAUGGUGUCUGUAAGAUAAGAGUUCAAUUUCAUGGUUAAUACAAUCUAUUGAGUCAA